AUGCGCUCAGUUUUGUCUCUUGCGCUGCUUGCAGCCAAUGUGGUCACUGCUGCUGUAGUUGCCCCCUUUGAUUAUUCUGGAUACAAGGUCAUCCGUGUCCCUACCCAGAAGGACAAUGUCAAAGAGGUGCAGAGGAUCAUUACCGACCUGAACCUUGACACCUGGAAAUACCCCAAGUCAGAGGGUCAGAAUGCGGAUAUCGUGGUUCCACCAAGCCAGAUCUCCUCCUUCAUGGAGCGUAUUUCUGGAAUGAACAUCGAGAUGAUGCAUGAGGAUCUCGGAUUGUCUAUUAGAAACGAGACUUCCUUCGAGGCAUACAGCGCUGGCUAUGCUCCUGACAUCAACUGGUUCAAGUCGUACCAUAGCUACCAGGAUCAUCUUUCCUACCUGCAAGAUCUUCAGGGUCUUUUCCGCACUCGUUCUGAGUACGUUGAUGCCGGAAAGAGUCACGAGGGCCGCACCAUUCCAGCCCUUCACAUUUGGGGGAGCGGCGGAAAGAACUCCAAGCCCGCUAUUAUUUUCCAUGGAACCAUUCAUGCUCGCGAAUGGAUCACUACCAUGGUCACCGAAUACAUGGCUUGGUCUUUCCUCUCCCAAUACAACAAGAACGCUGACAUUACCUCCAUUGUCGACAAUUUCGAUAUCUGGAUCUUCCCAAUUGUUAACCCAGAUGGUAUGCCCUUCCUCAAAUAUGGUGCAUUCCUCACAAAAUAA